AUGUCGCAGCACCAGUUUAUCAACGACGCCAAGGCGAGCCAGGCGGACCACCUCCGCAAGCUGGCGGCAUACCUGAAGCAGCUCCAGCGCACGGUGGCACGGCUCGUCGAGGCCAACUCCACCAGCACCGCGGUGCUCGAUAAAAUCGAUACCAUCCACGCCGUCAACCGCCAAAUUGACCACCAACUAAAUGACGAAAUCGCCACUAACUACGGCGAACUUGUACAAGCGCAAACUCGCCUUGAAAAGAUGGCUACUCGAACCGAAGCGGCACUCGGUGGGGGGAAAGUGGUUGAAGAGUGCCAGCACCAUUUGGAAAUGAUCGAUACCCAGCUUAGGAUAUUGGAGCACACGCUCCAGUACGUGCAACAGCGCCACUCGGAUGGUAUCUAG